UCAUAUUUAACUGAAAUCGAGUUUCAAGUUGGCCUGCGGAACUUUUUGACACCAAAAGCGUUAUAUUUCAAAUAUCAAAAAGUUACCAUUUAUUAGUAGACGACUAUUAAAACAGCCACGCCCAUAUUAUAUCCUCGAGUGUAGAGUACACUGCCAAGCUGCGAUGCGAGGUGGCGCUGCGACGAAAAAUACAAAGCCUGUAGAUCCAGAAAGUGAUUGACUCACUGUUGAGCAGCGAUCGAAGCUCUUCCCCCGAGCUCUCUGGUCUACACGCGCAGCGCGCUGCGAUCAUGAUCGAGUGAUUCGCUGGGAGAAUUUUAACACGCGUGGCAUUGCGCAAGCAGCUGUUGUGGACCCGAGACGACCAUACUCAUCGAGGGAAUUUUUCCUGAACCAUCAUGGCAGACAAUGGGGGAAAUGUAGAAAAUAAUCAAGGAGAUGCACCAAUUUCCAAGAAAGCCCAGAAGAAAGCCCAAAAGGAAGCAGAGAAAGCGGCUAAAAAGGCUGAAAGACAAGCAGAACAGGCUGCAGAGGCCGAGGCAGAAGCAGGAGAUGAUUUUGCUAAGGAUCUCUAUGGCAAUUAUCCCCUGAUUCAGUCACAGAAUAAGAUUGAGAGGAAAAUCUACCGAGUUGAAGAGCUUACUGCAGACAAAAUUGAUCAGAAGGUCUGGAUCAGGGCUCGCUUACACACCAGCAGGAGCAAAGGCAAGCAAUGUUUUCUUGUGCUGCGACAGCAACAGUUUAAUUGCCAGGGUCUGCUCUGUGUCAGUGACAAAGUUAGCAAGCCUAUGGUUAAAUUUGCUGCCAAUAUUACAAAGGAAUCCAUUGUUGAUGUUGAGGGUGUGAUAGCUGCUGUGCCUCAGCCGAUUGAGAGCUGUACCCAGAAAGAUGUCGAACUUCACAUUGAACAGAUAUUUGUUGUGAGUCCUGCUGAGCCCAGAUUGCCUCUGCAAAUUGAUGAUGCUGCCAGAGCAGAGGGAAAGGAUGAUGAUGAUUCUUCCUUAGCAACGGUAGGACAAGAUGUCCGCCUUGACAACCGUGUCCUUGAUCUCAGGACCACUACUAACCAGGCCAUCUUCCGUCUUGAAGCCGGAGUAGUCCAAGAGUUUCGUGCAGCCAUGAAGAAGAGAGAUUUUGUUGAACUUCAGAUUCCCAAGAUCAUUUCAGCUGCCAGUGAGGGUGGAGCCAAUGUGUUUACUGUGUCUUACUUCAAGAACAAUGCCUACCUUGCUCAAUCACCUCAGCUCUACAAACAGAUGGGGAUUGCGGCUGACUUUGAGAGGGUUUUCACUAUUGGUGCAGUUUUCAGGGCAGAAGACUCCAACACACAUCGUCAUCUGUGUGAGUUUGUGGGCUUGGACAUGGAGAUGGCCUUUAAAUAUCAUUAUCAUGAGGCCCUGGAUGUCAUUGGAAGCGUAUUCAACGAUAUCUUCAGGGGUCUUCGAGACAACUUCCAGACAGAGAUCCAGACAGUAAGACGUCAGUUCCCGUCAGAAGACUUCAAGUUCCUAGACCCUCCUCUUCGUCUGGAGUGGCCUGAGGGUAUCAAGAUGCUGCGUGAUGCAGGCAUUGAGAUUGAUGACCUAGAAGAUCUUAGCACCCCUAAUGAGAAGUUCUUGGGUCGUCUUGUGAAGGAGAAGUAUGACACUGAUUUCUACAUCUUGGAUAAGUUCCCACUCUGCAUUCGGCCUUUCUACACUAUGCCUGAUCCAAACAACCCGCAAUACUCCAAUUCCUAUGACUGUUUCAUGAGAGGAGAAGAAAUCAUGUCUGGUGCUCAGCGAGUUCACGAUUCAAAGUUCCUCCUGGAGAGAGCCAAGCACCAUAACAUUGAUAUUGAGAAGAUCAAGGCCUACAUUGAUGCCUUUCGCUAUGGAGCGCCUCCACAUGCUGGUGGUGGAAUAGGUCUGGAGCGUGUCACCAUGUUGUACCUUGGUCUGGACAAUAUCAGGAAGACAUCACUCUUCCCUCGUGAUCCCAAGCGUCUUACACCAUGAGAAAGCACAGUGCUCGCAAUUAGUAAUUUUUGUACCGGUAGUUUAAAUUUUUUAUGAUUAUAAUCGACCUGUGAUAGUCAGCACUAUAGUAGAAACAAUUUUGGGGUCUUCUUUAGAAAUAUGUAUCUUUACAAGUAAGUAUUUUAGAGUAUACAACUUGAAUGAGUCAUUUUAGUUAUUUUAUUCAAGUUUUAUUUCAGCAUCUUACCUCAGGGAUGUUAAAGUUUAUCUUGAGUUCUGGUGAUGAUAAGAUUACAAACUCACAGUAUCAAAUGAAAAUACAAGACCCCCCAAAAUAAUGUCUUCCAAAUGAUUUAGUUCAACAGUGUAUAGAGGCUGAGUUGUGAGCACAGGAAGUUGAACAAAUCGAGCUCGUAUCUCUGACUCCAUAAAGUAUGAUGUCAUACAUAGAAACAUAUAUGCCUUUCAAUGAAUGUGAGUUGCUAGAAGGUUUUGAUAACUCAUAUAUUGUCUGUUUGUAGCCAGAAGUUAGUUAACUCAUAUACUUUAACACACAGUUAACGCCCUUUAGCUCUGAACAGAUGAUGUAUUCUGAUUAUCCAAACAAACCCAUCUAUGGUAUGAUAAACAGUUCAUAAUUUUUCAUGUCAUUUUCUGUCAAAAUAUAAUUCCACCACUGAAACUCAAGAUAAAUUCUAAAGAAUGUGUAACGAUGAUAACAAAACAAAAUAAAACAAAAUUAAGCUCAGCUAUAAAGAGAUUAAUCCAAUUCCUCAUGGUUUUACUUUUAAAAAAUGGAAAUGCCUUUCAGUGGUAAAUUAAGCAAAAUUCUACAUCUACCUGUUUAUGUUAUAACGCAUGGUGCAAACAAUACGAUCACAUAUGUGAUCAGUGUGUAAAUAACAAAAAGAGAGAAAGCAAAAGUUUGAAUUGAUAAAUCUCAUUCCUUUCCUUCCUUUCUUUUGUCUGUUUUUUAUGUUGAGCAUUAUUUAAAAAAAAUAUGAAGGAAAUGCUCUUUAGCUGAGUAACUAUAGUUAGUUUAUCUAGAAGUAGUACAAAACUCUCUUUUGUACAAUUGAUAAAUUAGGGUAUUAUGGCAUAUGACGACACUGAGGAUUAGUGUAUAAUAAACGGUCGACUUUAUGCCAUUUCCACCUUCUAUAAUUGUUUUGUUCCACCUUCUAUAAUUGGAUUUUGAUAUUGUAAAAGCCUUAAAAGGUGAUAAAGAACCUAACAAUCAUUCUGCUUUUAUUUCAUCAUCUAUGUAUUCUUUAAAUUAAAGAUCAAUGUCUCUUAUCUGCCCAGCAGGUUGUAGAAAACUGUGUGACAGCACUAAGCAUACUUUUCAUGUAAAUUUGUCAUACAUUUGAAUGCCUGUGAGAAGAAAAAAAAAUCUCAGGUAGCACUACUUUGGUGAAAUCCUCAGCAUUCCAAGCCAUUACAACAGCUACACUGCACUGUAUGGUCUGAUACGGAAUGAAAUUUCUAGGAAAUGGCAACUUGGAUUGGGGAAUUCGAGAAUGCAGAAAUUUAUGUUAGAGUGAACAUUGUAAUAUUGUAUAGAGACGAUAUUUAGUGGAAGCAAUAAAAGUUCAUUUGUUAUGUAGUAUAGAAUGGACAAGCUUAUUAUGCUUAAGAAUUAUAGGACAGUGAGUACAUGUAUAACAAGCUGACACAUAUGAAACAAUGUUGAUAACAUCAGAAUUAAGCAACUUUAUUUUCCUGUGUUUUUUAAAUAAUUUGUUAAAACAAAUAAAUAAGGACAAAGGUUAGCAAAUCAAAUGAUAGAUAUCAUCUCCCAGACCUCCUGAUAAUCCUUAGGAGGUGUUGGAUUAUUAACUGCAAAAGUAAAAUCUUAUUUUGUAUAAUUAUGCUCUGUAUCAUGUAGGUGUUCAACACAUGACUUUCAUUUAUUCCAAUUUCCAAAUCAAAUGAUAGAUAUCCAUCUCCCAGACCUCUUGAUAAUCCUUAGGAGGUGUUGGAUUAUUAACUGCAAAAGUAAAAUCUUAUUUUGUAUAAUUAUGCUCUGUAUCAUGUAGGUGUUCAACACAUGACUUUCAUUUAUUCCAAUGUCCAAAUCAAAUGAUAGAUAUCCAUCUCCCAGACCUCUUGAUAAUCCUUAGGAGGUGUUGGAUUAUUAACUGCAAAAGUAAAAUCUUAUUUUGUAUAAUUAUGCUCUGUAUCAUGUAGGUGUUCAACACAUGACUUUCAUUUAUUCCAAUGUCCAAAUCAAAUGAUAGAUAUCCAUCUCCCAGACCUCUUGAUAAUCCUUAGGAGGUGUUGGAUUAUUAACUGCAAAAGUAAAAUCUUAUUUUGUAUAACUAUGCUCUGUAUCAUGUAGGUGUUCAACACAUGACUUUCAUUUAUUCCAAUUUCCAAAUCAAAUGAUAGAUAUCCAUCUCCCAGACCUCUUGAUAAUCCUUAGGAGGUGUUGGAUUAUUAACUGCAAAAGUAAAAUCUUAUUUUGUAUAAUUAUGCUCUGUAUCAUGUAGGUGUUCAACACAUGACUUUCAUUUAUUCCAAUUUCCAAAUCAAAUGAUAGAUAUCCAUCUCCCAGACCUCUUGAUAAUCCUUAGGAGGUGUUGGAUUAUUAACUGCAAAAGUAAAAUCUUAUUUUGUAUAAUUAUGCUCUGUAUCAUGUAGGUGUUCAACACAUGACUUUCAUUUAUUCCAAUGUCCCCAAAGGUUAAACUCAAUGUAACAUUUAUUUAUUCAUUGGUGAUGGUUAAUGCUACCGGUAUACAUUUAUCAAAAUUGUUAGUAUAAAAGGACUGAAGAUCAGUAGAACUGUAUUUUAGAUGAUACAAGGUAAUUGUAUUAUAAAUUUACCUUUUUGUUUUAGUAGAGAUGAGAAUAUGUAGCAUGGAAAAGUGUGUAGCACCUUGUGAAGAGUAGUUCGUAGUUUUGUUUUGUCUUGUAUCAAAGGGUAAUUAAUAAAUAAAAGCAACAGAUUCAUAUA